GCUUCAUCAUCACUCCCACCCCUCCUCUCCUCUCCUCUUCACACGCAGCGCGCGGCAAUGGCGGGGAUGGCGGACGAGUACAACCAGUACGGCGGCGGCGGGGGAGGGCCGCGCGGGGGGGCGGCGCCGCACGGGCUGCUGCUGGCGGUGGUGGUGGGGCUGGUGGUGGCGGGCCCGCUCUUCCUCGGCGACGGCGGGGAGGCCGUGACGGAGGCCGUCGCGGAGCUGCUCAGCCCCGUGGGGCUCCUCCUCCUCCCCGUGUGCCUCCUCCUCCUCAUCCGCCUCCUCUCCUCCGACCGCGGCGCCGCCGCGCUCGCCGACGCGUUCGCCUUCGGGGGCUCCCCCGACGCCGUCCACCGCGUCGGCGGCUCGCCCGUCGGCGUCGCGCUCAUGCUGCUCCUCAUCCUCGCCCUCCUCUACUACCGCACCGCCCUCUUCGGCGGCGACGGCGGCGACGACGAGUAGAGCUCCGCCGUGGUGGUCGAUCUCGGUAGGAGGCUGGGCUGGUUGGUGGUGGUCGGUUGUUUGCUAGGGUUUGCUCCUGCAAUAUGAGGAUCUUGAGGGGGUCUCUUGUAAAAUUGCAUGUGUAAAUUAUUUUACCAGGAGUACCCCGUUUCGUCGGGUUGCUCUGCACAAGGCUGAAGCUUCUGUGCCCGCAUCGGUCCAUGUGCUUCGUACUCUUCUUCUUCUCUUUUUUUU